UCUCUAUUUGCAGUUUGUGAAAGAAGAAAAUCUCAUCAAUGCCGAAAUUUCAGGAUAACAGGCAAAAGAAGAAGAAGCACUUUAGCAAAUCUCAAUAGGGAUUAUGUAUGCAAAAAGUAAUUUAAGUUUAUUCCCAUGUACGACAAAUCAAAGAAAACCUGGAGUCAAAGGCUCAAAAUACAUAAGAACGAAAAAUUACAAGCAACAGCAGGCAACAGCGCCGCCACAUCGAUAACAACAACUGCAACUAAUUUACAAGCUACAGCAACAGCAGCAGUAGUAGCAACAAAAAAUCCUCAUAACCUAGAAGCAACCAUAAAUGUUGCUGCACAUAAUGUUAAUAGUAGUAAGAGUAGAGCAUCCAUGCCACAGUAUCAAAUAGCACCAACUGCAAUCAUGCAUUUACCCACUUUAGGUGAUUACCACGCCAGUGGAGGAGCAGGCAAUGGCUAUGAGUAUAUGCCAAAUCAUAUGAACCGUUCGAUAAAAUAUGCCGAACCCUGGAUAUAUGGAACGGUAAGAGGUAUACCUGCCCGUCCUGCAGGUAUUUAUCAUCCAGCAUAUGCCCAUUAUGCUGGUCAUCCUCAUGCAGCUACCAUUUUUGCUGCACCCACCACCGAUUUAGCCACAAGUGCCGCAGCUGCUACAGCGGUAGCUGUGGUUCUAUGUUCAUGUCACGAGUACCUGAGCGGCACCAAAGGCCGCAGUUUAAAGAAACCAAGUAUAUGUAAGAAAUGUAAAGGUACUCGUUUGCCUUUGCACAAUAUCGGAGGAACUGUUCGAUUGCCGACAAAUUUGCCAAGUCCUAAGUUAAGACCUGUGGGAGCAGCCUCAACAGUGAGGGUAGUAAGUUCUAGCAAGAAAAUGCGUCCUACUAUAUUAGAUCCCCAAAAAGAUCCUUAUGAUUUAAUGAGGAGAACACGGCUACUAUCACCCGAACCGGGUACUGUUAGUGGUGGCUCUGCUGGAAGUUCUAGUAAAGAUAAAGCUCGCCAAAGGGGUAAAAGCGCCAGCCCUGUACGAGGUCGGUCUCGCACACGUCAUCACAAAGUUUUAGCUAGCACCAGCAACACUAAGGAAAGCUCCAAAUCUUCGGAAAACUAUGAUGAUAAUUGGUUGACAGAAAGUGAAGACUUAGCCCUUACUGCCUCCUCUUCCUCAGCUGCCUCUUCUAGCCGUAGAUCUAUACUACGUUGUAAUGUUAAUCCUUAUGAUUUGAUCUCAAUUAAUAAUCAAGCUUCCGGACCUAGCUCCACCCCACUAAUGGAGUCCCAAAGUUCUUCUAAGGAAGCCGCAAAAAAAGCAACUAGAAAACAAAAAUUACAAUUUUCACAAAAUGAGUUUAUGCCACCAAAUGAUGAUUUCAAUGUACAAGAUGCCGCCCUAACCGAAGAGGAACCGCCUUUUAUGCACAGAAGCUCAAAAGUAAGAGUGGAAAAUUCUAAGCCUGAUAAUAACAAAAAACUUAUAGAAGAGCCGCCACCACCUCAGACACCGCCUCAAAACAAAAAGCCCAAUUACAUAAAUGUUCAGGCCAUUGCAGGACAACGCAUUAGUUUGGGUGAGGAACAGCAAGCUCCCAAGUCUUUAUUGCAACAGACCGCAGAUGGUACCACCACUUAUGAAAGUUUUGCCAUUGAGAGUGAAUCAUCACCCACAACAUCCAAAGAAAUGGAAAAAUCUAAUAAAACCAGACCCGAUUCACUGCAAGUGCCAUUAGGCGAACCCAAGAGACCACCCAGAGUGGUGAAGCAAACUAGCAACUGUAGUGAAACUAAAGAAAUUUCGAACAAAGAAAACACUGAAGAGGAAGAGGAAUUAAUGGUCACGGUAACUGUUACACCAACUUACAAUAUAAAAUCCAUUUUAAAGAGACCUACUUCAAAAACUUCCGAAAGCGGGGACAAUACCCAAACUGAUUCAAUUUCCAAAACUCAUGCUACUCCUUCUACUCCCACAAAACAAAGAGAAAACGGCAAUGGUUCCAAGAGUGGUACCCCCACUAACACGAGACGUAAUCAGGUUACCGUUAACUCGCCCACAGCCAACUCACAAUUCUAUAUACCGCUGCCACAGGCCCGCAAAAAGGUACAAUUUAUGGUAGAGGAUGGAGAACAAACAGGUUCCGAGGAUCAAGACGAUGAAGAUUCUUUUUACGAUAAUUCCUCAUCCACUUCCCCAGCUUCUUUGGCCAGCGAUCUUAAGACCAAUUACGAAUAUUACAGCAAAAAAAGAAAUCUCAAAAAAUUAACGAACGACAAUGAAUCACAGGAUAAUAUUUCAGAAGAUUCCGACGAAAUUAUUACAUACGAUGAACAAUUUAUUCAAGCCAUGUUAUUAGAGAAAUUGCAAUUAGACUCAGAGUUGGUAACGAAAAGAUUCACCAGCAAUCAAGCACAAGAUGAAAACGAUGAUAAAGCAACAAUAACAAAUAUCAAAACUGUUUACGAAGAUGUGGUCGCUAUUAAUGGGGAACAAAAUAAAUCACAAUACACCAGGCAACAAGAUGAAUUGAUAGAAAGGGAGGACGAGGAAAACUAUGAUGAUAAACAUUAUAUUAAUGAAAAUCUGGGAAAAGCUAAAACAUCAUUGCCACUGUCAACAGAAACUUUAAAAGGCAUUGAACAAACAUUUCAAAGUUCAACAUUAGGAGCAAUAACUGCAACUGUUUUACACCCACAAACAUGCAGCAACGUUGCAUGUGAAACUACUUCUAUGGAAAUGUCAGCUCACAGUAACAAUAACAACGCUAUGAAUUAUAAAAAUAAUGACAUAGACGACUUUGAGUGUUUGCCAGCUAAAGACAAUAAUGAAAACAACGAAGAGAACCUCAUCAUCGCCACUGUUCAUCAAGAAUGUAAGGAUAAUAAAGAUGUUGACGAUGAUGGCAACAAUAAUAAUGUCAGCACAAAUAGUGAUAGUGAUGGUGGCCCGCAUAAAAAUGUUACUCCUGCUGCUAUUGUUGAUGAUGCGGAUGAUGACAACGACGAUCAGCACCUUUCUGAUAUUCUCCUUACAUCUGUUGACGAUGAUGUGUAUAAUGGUGAUGGCAGUUGUCCAUAUGUGAACAAACCACCAACUUGCCACCGCAAUCACUUAUCUCAGGAUGACGAUGUUGAUGCUGUUGACAAUGACAAUGUUAAUAUAUCCACAUCAUUGUCGCCAGUGUCGAAAGUUCAACAUAAUGGAGCUAAAAAGUCAACAACAAGCGAUUAUGAUGAUGAUGCUAAAACCAAACAGCAUAAGCAACAAAAAUGUACGAAGAAAACUAAAAAGGAUAUGCAAGCACUUGCGGCAGUUGCUGAUAGUAGUAGUAGUAGCAAUGUCAGUAGUAGUUGUAGCACUACGACUAACAGCACUAGUGGCAGUAGUAAAAAUAGAAAAAUAUCAACAAAAGAGACACAAUCACGAAAUCCCAUCAGACGUUCACAAAGUGAAAGGCAACCAACAACUACAGCACCAACAAUGAGAACAACGUCGACAUAUCACAAUAGCAACAACAACAGCAACAACAAAAAGAAGAAAGACCAACAAUUGCACCACAACACUGCACAUGUUGAUAAUGGUGGCAGCAGUGGCAGUAACGAAAAUAUUAUUCCAAAUACCAGGAAUAGCUUAAAGGACAUAGAAAAUAUACCAAAUAAUAUAAAUGACAGCAAAAGUGCUGAUUGUGCUGGUUUGGUUACAGUUAGACACAGUGUGGCGAGUGUAAGAGGUGGUAAUGGUAACAAAACUUCAUUGCAUUUUCAUGAUACAAUGGCAUUGCGCAACCGUUACAACCGCAACGAUACAAGGGAUUUAUUUAGUUUGGGUCCUAUAGGAAGACCUAGAGAACCACCACCGCCGCCUCCAUCAUCGGCGUCGUCUUCAAUGCCACAAACUCCACCACCAAUGCAAUCAACUACAACUGCAGUGGAUAUGGCUAAUGCAAUGGCCACGACAACAACUUCAUUGAGUAAUUCAUUGCCUAAGGCUGUGGACUCGAAAGAGUCAACUAAUUCCUCCUCCAUUACCUUGGCAACAGAUGCAGUGGAUAGUUUUCUACAACAGCAACAAAAUGUUAACGGAUUAGAGAUCCGUAAACAGCAGCAACAAGAACAAAAGUUAACAAUAACAACAGCAAACAAUACGAUAUUUUGUAAAGAAAUCAAUGAAGUUACUUUAAUCGAAGACAAAACGAUAAAACAGCAACAAAUGGUUGGCACUACAAAAACCUCUACAGAAAUGACAAAUAGUGAAAAAACCACAACGGAUUUAUCAUCACAAUCAACGUUGUCUUCCCCUUUAGAUAAAAGCCAAGAACAACAGAAAAUAUUACCAGCAGUAAACGGCAAUAAUAAACAACAGCAACGAACUGUUGUUAGAGUUGCUCCAUUUAAUAAAAAUUCCUCUGAAGUACAUCGUUUGAAAAUUUCCCACACAGAUAAUAACGAUGCUUAUCCACACUCACCUCAGACACCUAGAACACCCAACACACCAAAUUCAACAUGCAACAAUUUCACCUGCAUGCCCCACUCCUCGCCGUUUUCCAACUCUUCACACUACAGUGUUACAGAUUUGAGUACAUUAAAUGCCUCCAACGAAUAUGGCCAAAAGAAAACUUCAAUUUUAAUAAAUGGUGAUGAUUGUUAUAGCACCAUGAAUUUAAGCUGUGAUGACUCCUGUACACCACUCUAUCAAUCCUCUGUGGUGGUAACAGAUGGUUCGACCAAAACUGACAACGAUUUACAAGGCUUAAGAGUGACAAAUACUUAUAAUACGGUAACCAUAAAUGUAAGUAGUCCUCGCAGCUCCGAGGAUGAACUAAUACAACAUCACAAUCAGUUAAAUAAUCUGUUGAAGAUACAAGCUAAGACCUCAUCAGCCACAGGUAGUAUACGUGCUAUAAUACCAAUACGUGGUACUAUAGAUAUAAACUUGCAAAGAUCUGCUUCAUCAACCUCUUCAACGUCAACGAGUUCCAUAACAAGUUCUUGUUCUUCAGCUUCAAGUGCCAGCAAUACAGGAAACACCUCGAAGAGAGGAAAAACUUUAAUACGUUUAGACUACGAAAAGGAAAAACCUUUAGCCAACGAAUCUAAGAUCUCGUCUACGAUGAUAAAUGAGCAGCUGCCAGAGGAGGAAGAUACAGAUGAAUGGUUGCCUCAUGAAACGGAGUUGUUGAAAAUCUUAAGAAAUCCCGUAGAGGCGGUAAAACGUAAUUUGGUACCUCAUAUUUGUAAACUAAGGGAAACUGAUACCCAAAAAGAUGCCAAGAGAUCAAAGAAAAUGAAGGAGAGACAUUCGGAUAUUUUAGAAACAUCUGUCACAAGUAGCAGCAGCAGUAGUAGUAAUGUCGUGGCCAGCACCUCGAAUAAAGCCACUGAUUCGUCAUCAUCAACUACUUUUAUAGGUAAACUGUUAGAAGAUCCCAUGUUACAACAGGUGGCUGAAGGCUUAGAAACAGAUACAGUAGCCGAAUUAAUAGAGAACUCUCUCAAACGUUUGCAAGAGUCCAGAAGUUCUCUAGAUAUGACUGGUACCAAAGAUAAUGAUGAUAUGAAUCGUCUGAUUGAUUUAUCUCUAAAACGUAUACAAGAAGAGCGUAACUCUUCCAACAAAGAAGCCAACUGCAACUCGAACUUGCUUAAUGUGCCCUCUAAGGAUGAAGAACGUUUAUCAAAUCGUGGUAGCAUAAGUUCAGCCAAUAGUUUUGCCUCAGCUCACAACUACGAAUUGUUCGAGUUUGAAGCCAACGAAUCUGAUUGCUACCAAAGUUGUUCGAGUGAUAUCAACUCUAUAAUGGAAGAUGAUAUACCUUCUCCAGAAACCAAAACCAAGUUCUAUCAAAUGCUGGUAGAUGCCACAUUGCAGGAGAUUGAGCUCUCCACAAAUAUCGAAGAUAUGACAAACGAUGAACAUCAAUAUGAAUCCAUUAGACAUAAUAUAGAUCCAAUAUAUGAAGAAAUUUCAGAUGUGCCGCCACCGUUGCCUUUAACCGCUCCUCCUCUCAAUGAUCCCGAAUUGGAAAAGAAAUCGGCCAGAUCUAUAUUUGAAGGAGCGUCCAAGUAUGAUAUACUCUCUUAUUUAGUAGAUGCCAAAGAGAGAGGUCUGGUAAAAGAAGAGCCCUUUGAUUAUCCUCUCAAUUGCUCUAACCCCAUUAUCAUAGAAGAAGAAUCCACAGACACUCUAAGCGAUUUGGGUAAAUUAAACAAACUUAAGAGAAUAGAUACCAUUAGUUCCAGAUCAUCAAUAAUGAGUGAUUCUUCAGAUGACAACCAAAGUACCAUGAGCUCGUUGUCACCGCCCACUUCAAACAACUUCAUGCUACUACGCAACAAACAAGCUACCAGUGAUAUAGAACGUAAUGAUUCUGGUGUGGGUUCCGAAACCAGUAAAUCGUCUCGUAGUAAAUUUUUAAAUCCCACCAUAUCCUCUUCCCCCUCACCCACUUCAAAUUCCUCCUCGCCAAUUUCACACCAACACUCCUCUCAGACACGCUCCAGUCCCAUACACUUAUGUGAAGAUUGUGAUGGUCCCGUCGAAACUCAGAUCGGUGAAAAUGGCCAUAUUUUUGCACCUUUAGUUUGUCGUAAAUGUGGUAAAAAGCGUGUCGAACGCAAAGAAAUCAUUACCGAAGUUGUUGAGACCGAAGAGAAAUAUGGUCGUGAUCUUCAGAUUAUUUUAGAAGAAUUUUGUCAUCCCAUGUUGGUGGCCGGUCUCCUAACACAAGAGCAACUCUCUGCAAUCUUCUUGAAUACCGAAGAAUUGCUCGAGAACAAUCAAACUCUUGCCGAACGUAUGCGUGAUGCCCUUGAUAUCGCUCUGGAGCAGGGUGAUGAUGACUUAUUGACUGUAAAUAUUGGUAAAAUAUUCUUGGAAUCCACACAAAUGUUGCAUGCCUUCGAAAGCUAUUGUGUGCGUCAAGCGGGGGCCAGUCUUUUGCUGGCAAAUCUUGAAAAGGAAAAGGAAUUAUUGCGCAUUUUUCUGAAAGUGUCACAAAUGGAGAAUGCCGUUUUAAGAAGAAUGAAUUUAAAUUCAUUUUUAAUGGUACCCGUUCAACGUGUCACCAAAUAUCCUUUACUUUUGGCUCGUUUAUAUAAAGUCACACCAGCACAUCUGGAAGGACGUGAUCAACUUAAGCAGGCACAAGAAAAAAUUGAAUUACACUUGAAUCAUAUCAAUCAGGAAGCAAAAGAUGUACCAACAAAACUCUGGCGUCGUAUCUCUUCAUCGAGUCCCAAUCGACGUGCUUCCUGUGAAAUUGAUAUGAUAAACAUAAAGCUACGUAAAAUGGCCAUAGAUGUGCUCGAAUGGAAUCACGAUGAAGUGCGUUUUGUCAUGGAAGGCAAAUUGCUCUACACCCAACCCACAGAUAGCAAUUGGAAAAAGGCUCGCACCAUUAAGCUGACAACAGUAAAUGCUCUACUGGUAACAAAUGGAAAGCCAAGUACCAAUUAUAAAGCAGAAAAAGUCAUGUCAGAUAAACUGAAUUUUCCCAAACAUACCGGAAUACGAGAAGCUUCAUUGUUGGUGGUCAAGGAGAAGUGCGGACGUUAUACAUUGAUACGUGAGCCAUUGUAUUUGGAUCGUUGUGUUGUAUGCAGUGAAGCAGAUUGGGAUGAAUAUUUUGAAAUACAAGAGAUUUCUUCCAAGGAUACGUUCAUCUUUAAGGUAAAUACAAAAAACAAGCAAACAAAAAUUUAGAAAUUUUCAAAAAAUCUUUG